CACGCUAUUAACCAGAAAUAAAAUGCUCAAUCGUUAUUGCAUAUAAAUAAUUGUAUAUUAGUUUUCAUUAACAGAAAUAAGAUAAAUAAAUUUAAAAUUCUCAUCGUGGAGAGUUAUAAUGAGAAUUAUAAUAAAUAAUACAUGUAAAUUAAUAUAUAAAAUAUUAAAUUUAGAUCUAUCAGGGGAUAGAUUGAACUGCAAUUGUCACUGUAAACAAAAUUUAAAAUGUCGUCCUCCGUGUAAUUCAAUUUACUAGUUUCGUUUUCGUUUUUUAGUAAUAAUAAUAAAAAAUUACAAUAUGGGUAUACUUUUUGGAAAAAGUAAAAAGAAAGAAACUAGAGUUACAGAGCAAGAUAAGGCUGUUUUGCAACUGAAACAACAAAGAGAUAAACUAAAACAAUACCAGAAGAGAAUAUUAAAUAAUUUAGAAUCUGAACGAAAAUUAGCUAAACAACUUCUUCAAGAUGGAAGGAAAGACAAAGCCAAAUUGUUGCUACGCAAGAAAAAAUUUAUGGAGCAAAUGCUUACUAAAACUGAUGGACAGCUACUAAAUUUAGAACAAAUGUGCCAUGACAUUGAAUUUGCUCAAAUUGAACAACAAGUAAUUCAGGGAUUAAAAGUUGGAAAUGAAUCUUUGAAAACAUUACAUGAGAUGCUUUCUAUAGAUGAUAUUGAAAGAAUCAUGGAUGAAACACGUGAGGGUAUUGAAAAACAACAAGAAAUUGAUGAAAUACUUGGAGGUAAAUUGACUGAUGAAGAUGAAGAAGCUGUAAUGAAUGAAUUGGAAUCGAUUAUAGCAGAAAGCCUCCCAACACCUGUAACAGAGCCCAUUGCUGGUGAAGGUGAUAAGGUGCCUAUAGAAGAUGAGGAAUUAAAUCUGCCAGAAAUACCCACAGAAGAACCAAAGCAGAAGGUGAGGAGAAAAGAAGCACCUCAACUAGUCGCUGCUUCAUGAAUAACUUGAAAUUUGCCUUACCUGUUGCAAGUUCCAAUGCCUGAGUUCUGGGAACUUGAUGAAUUGGACAAUACUGUGAUUCAGAAUCUAAAUGUCUUGCAAGCUAAAUCCAAAGUCUGUGUGUGAAUAUAUGAGAUGAUAAUUGGCCACUUAAUGGAAAUUGAUUUUUUAAAAAUAUUAUAAGUUAUGGUUUUGAUUAGAGGAGAAAAUUAUACAGUUGCAAGGAAUCUUGAUUUAUAAUUCCAAAUUCUGUAUUUUUAGAAUUUUUGUUUUUGUCUGAAAAAAGUAUUCAAAUAUGUUACUCUGAAGAAUUUUUCAAAUUUAUGGGAAAAGAUUUUUGAUAAAAUUGCAUAUACUAUUAUAAAAUGAAGUGCAUAUUGUAAUGUAGAUUUUUAAUGAAAUAGAUAUUCCAAAAUAUAAAAUAGAUUGAUUUUAUAAAGAAUUUAUUACAGAAUAUUGUAUUAUGUGCUUAUUAUCAAUACGUCGGUAAUACAUCAGUUGAAAAUAGAAUAGAAUAUCAGCACUUUUAUUGCAUAAAGAAAGUAAAUACAUAUGUGUUAUUGCAAGAAAAAUAUUUUAAAAUUAAUUUCUUUGCUUCUGAAUAUUUGAACUGCAGAGUUUUAUUUUUAUUAUGGUUAAAAAAAAAUUUAUUACUCUGAAAAAUGUAUCACUAAAUUCUGGAACCGAAAAUUAAUAAUUUGCAAUUUUAAUACUUUCAUGGAAAUGAAAUUUAAUUAUUGAUAAUUUUUAUACCAACUUACAGUAAACAAGUGUCACAAAAUUUGUUAUGAUAGUUGGGUUCAUUUUCUUUCAAUAGUUACUUUCAACAUCUGAUUAUAAUCAAGAGUUUCAGAUAUAUGAAAUACAAAUUCAUUGAAGUGAGAUUUGGUAAGCAUAGAUGAACUUAGUAUUACUUAUUUUCCUGAUCAUCAAGAUGAUAGGACAACUUUUAGAGGACACUGAAAUCCCUCCCUCCCCCUAGCCUUUUUCAGCAUAUUUGAUUUUGUGCUUUUCAUUUUGCUUUACAAGAGCUACUGUAAUUUAUUCAAAUUAUUAUCAAGUAUCAGUUAAAUUUUCAAAACAGUAUUCUUACAGUUUUAUUUUCAUGCUUGUGUGUCAAUGUGUUCUAAUGUUUCGCCCCUCCCCCUUCAAAUUUUUAUCAUAAUAUGUGACUUGUAUUAAAAAAUUUAACCCCCCCCCCUCCAUUUUGUUUUAAAUCACUUUUAAAUUUUUAGAACAUUAAAUUUUAUUUUUGUUUCCAUGCUUAUAAGUCAGUAUGAUCUAAUUUUUUUUUCCUAGUUUUUAUUAUAAUAUGUAUUUAUAUUUAAAAAGUUGUGUAGGUGUUUUUUUUUUUCCCUCAUUUUAUUCUAAAUUACUUUAAAUUUUCAUAAUAUUAUUUUACAGUUUUAUUUUCAUACCUAUAAGUCAAUGUAGACUAAUGCUUUAUUUUUCUCUCCAAAUUUUUAUUAUAGUAUGUAAAUUGUGUUAAAAAAGUUUUGUGAUUUAAAAAAAAAAAAAAUUUAAAUCAUUUUUUACAUGUGAGAUAAUCAAUUAAACUUCCGGAAGGUGAUCUGUAAUCAGAUUUUUUUUUUUUUUUUUUUUGCAGCUUGUAAUGUUAUUUUUUUAAAGCUUCUAACUUGCAGAUUAAAAUAAAUGGAUUUAAAAAGGAGAAAGGGCACUAAAAAACUUUCAUUAUUUAAGUCCCUUUAAUAAAUGUAUUCCAGCUGAGAGAUAGACUUCAUUAGAUCAUAUUUAUGCAGAUUAUCUACAUUCUUCUUUUCUGCCCAUCUAUAUGUUAAAUAUGUGCCAUAAUAAUGUCUUUCAUUGAGUUCAAAGGAAAUUUAAAGAAAAAAAUACUUUCAGUUACUACAAAUGCCAACUAACACUUAUAUUUUUAUGAUAUUCCAUUAUUGAGUUAAUAUUAACUAUUGCUAUGAUUAUUGUCAUUAAGUGAAUAAUUUAUGAAAAAGUAUUGUAUUAAAGUAAAAAAAUAAAUAAAUGAUCGCAUUGAUUCAUUUCAAUCAUAAAACAUUAAUGUAUGUUUGUAACUGUUUAAGUGAUAGAAUUCAAAAUGAAUGCAUAUAAAUACAUAAAUCUCAAUGCAUUUAAUGACUUCUUUUACAUUUAUAGAUUUCAGUAUUUAAAAUUUCGUGUCUUCUAUCAUUAGCUGAUUUAUAUUGAAACAUCCUCAGAUUGUGAUUUUAUUACUUCAAUAUUAAAUUUAAAUCUAAUUUUAAAUUAAACCAAGUUAUGUUCAUCAAUAGAUUUUAUUUCAAGCUACUGUUUUUUAUUUAUACAGAUAGCUCAGGAUUUCCAACUUUAGAACUCUUAAGUUUUGUUACUGCCUUCAUAGGAUUUUUUCUCUUAUCUUCUUUCUUAGUUUCAUUGUGAAUGUAAAACGUGUAGAAUUUAAGUAAUCUAAAACUGUCUCUAUUUUUGAUAUGAUCGAUAACAUAUUGCGGUUUGAACGACAGAAAUGCAACAGUAAAAUGAGAAAAUAUAAUAUUUUAUUAUUUAGUUUUUGUUUGAAUACUUUAUUUCAGAUUUUAAUUUGUUUCAUGUUGUGAAUUAAGCUUCCUAUCAUUUUGUUUAAAAAAAUUAAUAAAAUAUUUAAGAAAAAAAAUUUCCUGACGUGCGUCAAAUGUGUCUGAAAGUGCAUUUAAACUAAUUUAUACUGGGAAGUUCAACACCUACUUGAAACUUGAAAUAUUUUAGAAUAUCUUUUUUUUUUUUUUUUUUCAAUUAAAGAUGAAAUGUUUGAUUACUUCAAAAUGACUUUCACUUAAUUUUAACAGAUGUUUUUUUUUCAUAUACAGUUUUUAGACUUUCAUAUAUUUGCAUUUAUAAUAUUUGUUACAUUAUUUGUGGUUAAUAUUUUUAAGUAUGAAAUAGUUCUAGUUCUUUCUUAAAUGUUAUUUUAAGUAAUCUAAAAUCGGCUGUUUUAUGGUGUGUAUUUGUGAAAAAGAUUAGAUUCCAAGCAAUUUUUAAAAUGUCAGAUAUGGUGCUUCUGCUAGAAAUCUUAUUUUAAUCCUCUUGCAGCUCUGAAUGGAACUUUUGCACUAUAUGUGUGAAAAUCAAAGAAUUAUGUACAGAAAUAUUUAUAUGUAUAUCUUUGAAAAAAUUUAAUAAACUUUUAAAAAAUGUUUCAUUUUUAUUCAGAAUUCAACUUGAGGUUGAUUUAAAUAAAAAGAAAAUUUCGAUUCUUAAAUAGCAACCAAUGGGAAUGGUUUUUCUGAAAUAUUCUAACAUACUUCCAAUUGAUUUCCCUAUCUCUGCAUAAAAUUGUGGACCUUGGACAAGGCUGCGAAAACUUUGCAUGACCUUCACCAUCGCCAUACAUGGUAGUUACAAAUAGGGAUGGGUCAAUUUACGAAAAAUAUCUAUUUAUCGAAAUCAUGUUCACGAUAAAUCGUGAUACAAUAAAGAGAUAUUUGCAAUUAA